UUUUUCCUUCUCUUUUUAUUGUUCAUUGUUUUAUGAUUUGAUUAGAUGUGGUUUGUUUGGUUAGUGAUUGUUGUUCAAUUUCGGAGCAAAGUGUUUUGUAAUCUGGGAUCUUGACAUAUACGUCCUCGUACUGGAAUCUAAGUGAUACGUCCUCGUACUGGAAUCUAAGUGUUAUGUUAAUAGCAUGAUGUAACUGAAUUUUGGAUUAAUUGCUUAAGAAAUUCUUAAAUGUCGGGAUGUGAAUGGUAGCUUGAAAAGUGCAAAUCCUUGGGUAUUGGUAAAAUUGAGACCAUGACUGAGAUUGAGGUGAAGCUCAAUAUUUUCCUUCUCUGCUGUCUCACUUUCUCCUUAAGUCUAGCUUAGACAGGAAUGAAGGACAUGAUUUGAAGGUUUUAUAAGCUCUGCAACCUUCUGAGGCUGGAGAUCAAUUGAGCAUAUUCCCAGUUGUAUGCAUUUAUAGCAGAGAAUGGCAGAUGGAAUAUCAAGCUUUUGGGGUCCUGUCACAUCUACUAUUGAGUGUUGUGAGAAGAAUUAUGCCUACUCCUCUUAUAUUGCAGAAUUUCACAAUACCAUGUCAAAUAUCCCGACCAUUCUUUUAGCACUCAUUGGUCUUGUAAAUGCCUUAAGACAAAGGUUUGAGAAAAGAUUCAGCAUUCUUCACGUAUCUAAUAUGAUACUUGCCAUUGGAAGCAUGCUAUACCAUGCCACCUUGCAGCGUGUGCAACAACAGAGUGAUGAAACUCCUAUGGUAUGGGAGAUGCUUCUCUAUAUUUACAUCCUGUACUCACCAGAUUGGCAUUAUCGCAGCACAAUGCCCACUUUCCUUUUUCUCUAUGGUGCUGUUUUUGCUGUUGUUCAUUCUAUGGUUCGUUUUGGCAUUGGCUUCAAGGUGCAUUAUGUGAUUCUCUGCCUUCUCUGUAUCCCUCGAAUGUAUAAGUACUACAUUCACACCCAAGAUGCCUCUGCUAAGUGGCUUGCAAAGUUUUAUGUGGCUACUCUUGCAAUAGGCAGUUUAUGCUGGUUCUGUGAUCGGGUAUUCUGCAAACAGUUAUCAAGUUGGCCAAUCAACCCUCAGGGUCAUGCCCUAUGGCAUGUGUUCAUGGGUUUCAAUUGCUACUUUGCAAACACAUUUUUAAUGUUCUGUCGUGCUCAGCAAUGCAAAUGGAACCCGAAAGUUGUCUAUUUUAUGGGUAUUCUCCCAUAUGUGAAGAUUGAGAAACCAAAAACACAAUGACAAAUUGAGGGAACUCAGAAAUAUAGUUUUCUUUUCCUGUAAUUGGAGGUAGGCAAGAGAAGUAAUGAAAAGGCUAGUCUAAAUUUUUUGUUCAUCUGGAUGGAUCAUAAGGACGAUUAAUUAUUGAAGUUGUUGGUUGGAAUCUCACUGAAGUUUACUUUGUAAAAGUGGAAGGUGUACCAUAUUUAAAUGCUUUUGUUUGAAAUGGCUUAAUAGUUAGGGUUUUUGUUUUUUUUGGGAAUGGCAAGGCUGUGAUAAAUUUGCCGCUGGACGCUAGGCAAAUUAUGAAUUUUGGUUCUGUUUAAUUCUAUUUU